AUGGUGAUUGGGCACAUUUACGCUUUUCAUUCCCUUCACUAUUGCGCGAAAUUCUCCCCCCUCCUCCGCCAUUCGCCGCUGCAGCUCGCCGCCGCCAUUCGCCGCUCCAGCUCCAUCGCCGCCGUUCGCCGCUCCAGCUCCGUCGUUGUCGCCCGCUCGCGUUUCACAACAACCGUCGUCGCCACCAGUUUACUUUUUGGAUCUCACCUCACCUUUGAUUUUCAACAUCGUCAUUCCCCCUAUCUAGGAGUAUGUAAAUUGCAGAGGUGUGCAGCUUUUCACUUGCAGAUGGCUGCCUUUGUUUUCUCCAAAAGCUUUGGUUUUUCUAUGCCGUGGUUAUGGCAUGGAGUGUAGUAAUUGUAACAUCCCGAAAUUCCGUAAAUUUAGAAAAAAAAAAUUGUUAAAAUGCAAUGGAAGUCGACAAUUAAAAUUAAAUUAGAAGUCUCGGUGAGUAAAGAUUUGCGUGUUGAAUUAGUAGGAAAAUAAAUGGAUUAGAUACGUGUUUGUAUUGAUUGUAAAAUGUAAAAUCUAGACUAAGUGUUGUGGUGUAGGAUUUUAGAAGAAAAGUAUUAAAAUUGAGAA